AUUAAAGAUGGAGAAGGAUCCUCUUCAAACUCCUUUCAAGCUUUCUUCGCACAAGCUCGAACAUAGAGUGGUACUCGCGCCAAUGACACGCAUGCGAGCCUCGGACACCGGGAUCGUUCACCCACGAGCAGCAGAAUACUACUCUGAACGAACAACGCCAAAUUCACUCUUAAUCUCAGAAGGGGUCGUGAUUCACCCUCGAGGGCGAGGAUUCCCUAACACGCCUGGACUGUACAAUAACGAACAAGUACAGGCUUGGAAGCCGAUAACUCAGGCUGUGAGGGUGAAAGGUGGUGUAUUCUUUGCGCAGUUGUGGCAUGUAGGCCGUGUCGCCGUCCCUUCUCAAACUGGAGGAUUUCCUCCUCUAUCAUCAACCAAAACAGCUUUACCAGACACCCACCCCCUCUUCGGCGAGAAGAACGGCAAAGAGCCAUAUGUUGAGUCCCAGGCUAUGAACGAGGUCGAUAUCAGAGAAGUGGUCCAGCAGUUUGCAAGUGCUGCAAAGAACGCAAUCGAGGCAGGUUUUGAUGGCGUUGAGAUCCAUGGCGCGAAUGGAUAUCUCCUUGAUACUUUCGUCCAUGAUAAUAUCAACGAUCGCAAGGAUACUUACGGAGGUUCUCUUGAGAAUCGUCUCAGAUUUCCGCUGGAGGUUGUAGAUGCUGUUGUCGCACAGAUUGGUCGAGAGAGGACUGCGAUUCGGGUUGCGCCGUUCCAUGUGAUGCAGCAGACGAUGGAUAGUGAUCGGAUCGCAACUUUCAAAAGAUAUUCGGAAGAGUUGGAGAAGAGAGGCUUGGCAUAUGUGCAUAUGGUGGAGCCGAGGUAUGACCAGUUUAGCACCGAAGGAGCGUUCUCUGGGCAUAGAGAUGUUGUUGAUCUGGGAGGGAGGACGGGCGGUGAUGAGUUCUCGUUGUGGACUUUCAGGAAGAUCCUGAACAGUACACCCCUUGUUGGGGCGGGUGGGUGUGAUGCGGUGAGUGCGAGAGAUGCAAUAACGGAAGGGAAGGUGGAUCUCGUUGCAUUCGGCCGACACUUUACUUCAAAUCCCGACUUGCCCAAAAGGCUGUUUGAAGGUCUCCCCCUUACGAAGUAUCAACGGAAUACUUUUUAUACGCCCGGAAUGAAAGGAUAUCUUGGUUGGAGUAGAGCAGAUGGUUUCUGAGGUACCAGUCUAGCGAAGACAGCAAGAACAGCCAGCACAAACAAACAAUCGCCUAGAAAUCAAUCUAGCCAAAUGAGACAGAGAUGUGAACAGAAAUGAUUAAUGAUAAUAGAGUCCAUUUUGAUUCGGGCUGGACCAAUAUGCUAGGAUCUUUC